AUGGGCUCACUUUUCGAUCUUGCCCGUCGUGGUGCUCCCGAAAUCGCCAUGCCCGGCCCACCCCCGGUCGUUUUCACCAAUCCAUCCCUCAUGGUCAACCUCAUCUGUCGCGUCGUCUUCGCCCUCAUCGGCAACAUCGUCUGUCUCGUCCCUCUCCGGCUCCUCUAUCGCAACGGAGAGUUGGCCGCUGUCAUGCUCAUCCUCGUUGUAGAGCUGGCCAACUUCGAGACCGUUGUCAAUUCUCUCAUCUGGCACAACGAUGACGUGGAGUCCUGGUGGCCGGGUUACGGCCUUUGCGAUGUCGACUCCUACUUCCACAAUCUCCUUAUCGGUCUCUAUACCACAUGUCUGUUAGCCAUCAUGCGGAACCUGGCCCUCCAGAUCGGAAACAUGAGAGCCAGUCCUCUUACGAAGAAGGAAAAAACCCGGCGAAACAUUGCCCAGGCACUCAUCAUCUUUCCACUGCCGCUUCUGCAGGUCGUGUGGACAUAUCCUCUCACUCAGCAGCGAUAUAUCAUUGGAACACUGAGUGGAUGUUCUUGGGCUAAUUCCCAUUCGUGGCCGUAUAUGGUCUUCGACAUCUUCCUACCAGUAAUCAUGUCCCUCUUAACUGCCGGCUAUGCUAUAUUCAUAUACAUACGAUACCGCCAAGUCUCCAAAGCCACCGCGUCUGCUCUCUCCAACAGCCCCCUUGCCUAUGCCCGCAGCCAACGAGCCCGCCGCCGCCUCUAUCUCAUGGUCGUUGCGAUUCUUGUGCCUUUCCUCCCCAUCGUUAUAGCGCUCGCCAUCGUCAAUAUGCGAGUUGCCGGAGCUCUCGCUCCAUUUGACUUCAACGCCAUCCAUCACCAUGGCCCGGACGAGAUACCCUGGAACACCAUCAUAUACUUGACAAGUGGCGAAAUACACUGGUCAUACAUGAAUAUGUGCUACCUCCCAAUCGUAUCGACUGUACCGAUAUUCAUCUUCUUUGGCAUGACCAAAGAUGCCAUGAACUGUUACCGCGUGGCUCUCCUAUACUUGGGGCUUGGGAAAAUGUUCCCCUGGCUAUAUGAAGAGUAUAACCCAGAUGCUCGGGUGCUAGCCUCCAUGUCUAACGGUAGUCACACAAUGUCUACGAGGUAA